AGCUUGACUUUGCUUCCGAGUGGCGCUGACGCAUCGAUCCUUCCUUUCUCGCCUCCCCACCGCCCCUCCCCCCUUUUUCCCAGCUGCGACUCCUGCAGGGAGGCUGGCGAGCCGGGCUCACGUGACGGCCUGUCGCUGAGGUCUGAGGAGGAAGAAGAAUGCCGCCGCCUCAGGUUCCCUCGCCCUCAGCGUGCCCGUGGGGAGACGGCAGAGAUUCGGCCCCCCUUAUCGCCGCACGCCGAAGCAACCUCCCCCCGCGCCGCACGCCCGCCACGUCGCCCAAGGCAUCCAUUUUUAUAACCUCCCAACCCAAGACGGAGGGCGGCUAGUUUAUACGUGAAGAAUAUUUUGCCGUAAUCCGAGCGCUGCCGAUUUCACCCGCUGCUUAUUGGCACCUCCUUCAAGUACGGAGCAAAAGCACCUCCAGAUCAAAGAUGAGCUUCAGAUCUGUUGAGCAGUUACUUAGGAGGAACAGCAAGACCAAAGUUUCUCGCAAUAUUGUUAAUGGCAUCCAUAACCAGAAGGAAGAGCAGUGUGUGCAAUCCUUGAGGGAGUUAGUUCUUGCAAGCAACCAGCUCCCGGAGAAGUUUGACGAUUAUCAUGUCCUUCUACGCUUUCUGAGAAUGAGAGGCUUCAACAUCUUAAAGGCAAAAGAGAUGUUCUUAAAUAUGUUAAAAUGGCGUGAAGAUUGUUCUGUUGAUACCAUUGCAAAUGAUUUUAAAUUUGAGGAGUAUGAUGCUGUGAAAAGAUGCUAUCCUCAUGGAUUUCAUGGAGUUGAUAGAUUUGGAAGGCCUCUAUAUAUCGAACGGAUUGGCUUGGUGGAUCUCAGUAAGCUCAUGCAAGUGACUAGUAUUGAUCGCUUUGUAAAAUAUCAUAUAUCAGAACAAGAGAGAACUGUAUCUGUGAGAUAUCCUGCUUGCUCAGUUGCAGCAAAGAAGCACAUUGCCUCUACAACGGCCAUAUUGGAUGUGAAAGGAUUGGGGAUGAACAACUUUUCAAAAUCUGCAAGAGAGUUGUUCAUAGAGAUCCAAAAGAUCGAUAGCAAUUACUAUCCAGAGACAUUAAAUCAACUUUACAUAAUAAAUGCUGGAUCUGGAUUUAGAGCGCUGUGGAGAGUAUUGAAAGCAUUCAUGGAGGCAAGAACUUUAGCAAAAAUUCAGGUUCUGGGGAGCAAUUACCUUAACACAGUAUUAGAAACUGUUGACCCAAGCAAUUUACCAGACUUUUUAGGUGGAACAUGCACUUGUUCUGCAACAGGAGGAUGCUUGCUCCAAGAUAAAGGACCGUGGACUGACCCGGAAAUGGUUCGUGCUUCUAAGGAAGCAUUUGGUGAAGGUCAGAAGUCUUCCAAUGAACUGACUGCUACAGUUGCCUGUGAAAGCUUCACAGGUUGUCAGGAGCCUUCUGCGGGACAAGUAGAUUCCACUUCUUGUAGGAAAAGAACUCUUGGCAUGUUGUUAAAGGAUAACCAGGUCGGCACUCACACAAGUGAAAAUAGUCGACAGAAACAAGUCAAUGAACAGAUUUCAGGGAAGAUCCAAGAACUUGAAGAAUGCGUUGCUCAAACUAAGGAGACCCUGCAGACACUAAUAUGUAAGCAGCAAGAACUUGCAAGCCACAUCGACCAGUUGAGGAAAAUCCUUCAGGGUGGUGUGAGUGCAGAUAAGAAAGGUAACAUACAAAACUUGGAAGUGAAAAUGUCCUUCCCCAAAGGAGGAGAAAGGGGAAAAGGUGAAAAAGAAGUCAUCAUUGCAUUUUAAAGAAGAAAUCGGCAGUUUAGAUUGUUUUCAGUGAUGAUUCUUUGACCCUUGUCAGCUGGUAGAACAUUACAUUGCGAAUGCAUAGUACACCGUGAUGAUUUCACAAUGCUGUGUACUUGUCGCAGGAAGAGAAGAGCUGUAUCAUGUUA